AUGGUUACCAUCGAUUUCAAAGAGGGCAAAGUAUCGUACGGCACAGACAGUCCGGCACGAGGUCGCCGGGUCAUAUUCUGCGUGCACGGCAACCCUUCCACAGGAUGCUGUGCAGUCAUAGAAACCAGCGCAGACGGAGACGAUGGCGAACAACGUAAUGGAAGCAUUUCAGAAGUUGAAAGGCAUUGUCACAGAUCGAGGAAUGAAGAAAUAGACAAAAGGGCAAGAAGAAAGUUGAUAAUAGCCAGCAUAUUAUGUGUUAUAUUUAUGAUAGGUGAAAUUGUAGGUGGUUACUUAUCAAACAGUUUAGCGAUAGCCACAGACGCUGCCCACCUUCUAACAGACUUUGCUAGCUUUAUGAUAUCGCUGUUCUCGCUAUGGGUGUCCAGCAGACCAGCUACAAGACGAAUGCCGUUCGGCUGGUACCGUGCGGAAGUAAUAGGUGCAUUAACAUCGGUGCUCCUGAUCUGGGUGGUGACGGGAGUGUUGGUGUACAUGGCGGUGCAGCGCGUCAUAUACAAAGAGUUCGAGAUCAACGCCACUGUCAUGCUCAUCACCUCCGCUGUUGGAGUCGCCGUCAACCUAAUUAUGGGCCUGACGCUGCACCAGCACGGCCACAGCCACGGCGGGGGCGGACACGGACACUCGCACGGAGGGAACAACCCCGUACUUAAUAAUAAGGAGCGCGCGGACUCUGACGCGGAGAGCGCGGCGUCAGCGCACGCGCACGCGCAGGAGAACAUCAACGUGCGCGCCGCCUUCAUACACGUGCUCGGGGACUUCCUGCAGAGCUUCGGAGUACUCAUCGCCGCCAUCGUCAUAUACUUCCAGCCGAGCUGGAGUCUAGUGGAUCCAAUCUGCACGUUCCUGUUCUCCGUGCUGGUACUCAUCACCACCUUCAACAUCAUCAAGGACGCACUCCUCGUACUCAUGGAGGGAUCACCUAGAGGCGUGGACUUCCAGGAGGUAGCCAAUACGUUCCUGUCGCUGCCCGGCGUGGUCCGCGUCCACAACCUGCGCAUGUGGGCACUCUCACUCGACAAGACUGCACUCUCCGCGCAUCUAGCCAUACGUACCGGAGUGAGUCCACAGAAGGUAUUAGAAGAAGCGACCAGGUUGGUACACGACAAGUAUAACUUCUUCGAGAUGACGCUGCAGAUAGAGGAGUUCAACGACGGCAUGGAGGACUGCAGCCAGUGCAAGAUGCCACAGACUUAAGACAUAUUACUUCUAUGUACAGACUCACAUCAAAAUACCACAAACUAUCACUUUAUCACAUAGUUUGAAAAGUAAAUCUGUCAUGUUUUAAAUGGUCAAUUAAUUUUGGUUCUUGCAGCGAAGAAAUGUGUUAGAGACUUUGAGAUAUGACAGUUUGAGAUAUAUUGAUGUGCUGUCUAAACGUAUUUUGAGAUACAUCACGUGGUUUGGUUUACUACCAAAGACAUUUCGGACCAGCUUCAUAAGAUUUAACGGCCUUGAAUGCCUUCUAUAAAUAUUUGUUGUAUGAAUUUAAGGUGCCUUAUCGAUUAUUUUAAACUAAUAUCCUAAUAAUUAAAAAGUGAGCCAAACCACGCAUGGGCCUUCAGCAAGGUUCAAGGAAAUGCAAUUACACUGCUGCCGCGUAAGGAUAAAAUCAACAAAAUGUAUUUGAGAAUUACGAACCUCCCUAAGAGUACACCCCUUGAAAUGAUAUUUUU